AUGUGGUAUGAUGAAGAUUCAGACGAAGAUGAACAACAAAAUACAGGUUCAAUGAGUGGAAAAACAACAGAGAAAAAUCCAAAUUAUGAAAAAAAGGAUAAAUGCCAAUGUACUAAAGGAUGUUCAAAACGUUCUUGUUCUUGCUUUAAAUAUGGUAGUGGAUGUAAUUCAUCAUGUGGAUGUGGUUCAUCUUGUCAAAAUAUGUUCAAUCAUCUUGAAUAUUUUUUCGGUGAAAAUCAUAAAUGUGCUGCCAAUCCUUGUUUUUCAAAAUGGCUCGUUAAACAUGCUAAAAAAGCAGAUGGAUUUCAAAUGAUCGAUCGUGAUAAAUUACGGCGACGUAUCAUGACAUGUCCCAGCUAUUCAAAUGUACUUGAUGAUGAAGAUUUCGAAGAAUGGACAGAGAAAUGGAAAACAAUCGAUAAAAAUGAAAAAUUAACUCAUACACAAGAAUUAUUUCGAAUGCUUCUAUCAAAUGAUACAACAACAUAUUAUUAUUCAUUUUGUGAAAAUGAUGUUUUUGAAGAAGAUUGUAAUUGGCAUUGUAUAAUAUGUCAAAAAUGUAUGGAUUGGAGAGAAUGGCAUUGUGAAGAAUGUAAUAAAUAAUGUUAUAGAGAUGUUGAUCGGUCUGAUGUGAUGGAUUCAUUAAAAAUACCAUUCAAAAUAGGACAGCGUAAAGUGACCGAUAUUCAACUUCGAAAUGUGACAAGACUUGAUUUGGGAUUUUGUUUAUAUCGUGUUAUUCGUAUGUAUCAAUGUAUUUUAUCUUGA